AUGAGAGUCAAGAAGCCCACAUCGAAGAGGACCACCACCCGUAUGCGGGAGGGCAUUAAAAAGAAAGCGGCAGCUCAACGUCGCAAAAACAAAAAGUUGGCCAAGAAAGACGUCACCUGGAAGUCGAGAGCCAACAAGGAUCCAGGCAUCCCCGCCAGCUUCCCAUAUAAAGAAGAGAUCAUCCACGAGCUAGAACAGAAUAGAAUUGCCGAGAAAGAGAGAAAGGAACAGCUUCGUCUCAAAAGACAGCAGGAGCGUGAAGCUGCCAUGGCAAGAGGUGAGGACGUCGAGGAUGCCAUGAUGGAUGAGGACGAAGAGCCAGAGAAUCAAGGCGGCUUCUCUGCGUUGAUAGAAUCAGCUCAGCAGGCAGCACGUGAGUUCGAGGGGGAAGUUGAUGGCGACGAGAUGGUGGACCUGGAGGAGGACGUUGAGUAUGAGUUGAGUGAUAUCGAGGACAAGUCUGACAUAGAAAAGUCAAGAAAGGCCUACGACAAGAUCUUCAAAGCUGUGGUGGACGCAUCUGAUGUGGUUCUUUACGUUUUGGAUGCGAGAGAUCCGGAGGCGACCAGACUGAGGAAAGUGGAACAAGCUGUGUUGCAGAGUGGAGGUAAGCGUCUCAUAUUCGUGUUGAAUAAAGUAGACCUUAUUCCUACAGAAAUCUUAACACAAUGGACCAAGUAUUUGAAUUCCCUUUUCCCGACUGUGCCCUUGAAGGCAUCUCCAGGUGCUACUGGCUCCAACAUGUACAAUAAGAAUCUCUCGAGUGCAGGCACCUCCAACGCCUUAUUACAAGCACUCAAGAGCUACGCUGCAAAGUCCAACUUGAAGCGCUCCAUUGUUGUCGGUGUGAUCGGAUACCCCAACGUUGGUAAAUCUUCCAUCAUCAAUGCAUUAACUAAUAGACACGGCAACCUGAGGGCUUGCCCUGUGGGCAACAUGCCUGGCGUCACAACGUCUAUGAGAGAAGUAAAGAUUGAUAACAAACUCAAGAUCUUGGACUCCCCAGGUAUUGUAUUUCCCGAUGAAUUGCUGAAUAAAAAAGCCUCGCAAGAGGCUAAGCUUGCCUUGCUCUCUGCGGUGACGCCGAAGAACAUCAGAGAUCCCGUUGGCGUGAUUGAGCAGCUUCUCAAACGUUUGUCUAAGGACAACACCAUGGCCGACGCUUUGAAGGCGUACUAUCUGAUUCCAGCAUUACCUUCUACCGACUUGAAGGACUAUACGAAACAAUUUUUGAUUCACGUUGCCAGAGCGAGAGGCAGAUUGACAAAGGGCGGUAUCCCCCACAUUGAGUCUGCUGCUCUCAACAUCUUGAACGAUUGGAGAGAUGGGAGAAUCACAGGAUGGACUGUUCCAAAUGCUUCCAAGGCACAGGCUGCUCAAACGGAGAUCGACGGUCCAAAGAGCGCCGUUAGAGGUGAUAAGGAACCACCGAAGGUGGAGAACACCACAGUGGUGAGUGAGUGGGCCAAGGAGUUUGAUCUUGAUGGGUUGCUUGGCGACAGUUUCGGGAUCGAGCAGAACUAA